CAGAGAGAGGUGAUAGACUAGCCUUUUGAACAAACCAACACUGAGGCCAGGAACAACCUAAGAGGAUCAAUGGUGUUAUUCAGAAGCUUUGUCUUCCUCUUAGUCCUAUGCCUGCUGCAGGAGUCCAAUGCUUCCUUUGUUCAGCUGAAUAACAAUGGCUAUGAAGGCAUUGUUAUUGCUAUAGACCCUGAUGUGCCAGAAAAUGAAACACUGAUUGAGCAAAUAAAGGACAUGGUGACCAAAGCAUCUACUUACCUGUUUGAAGCCACAGGGAAAAGACUUUAUUUCAAACAAGUAUCAAUAUUAAUUCCUGAGACUUGGAAGGAAAACUCUCUGUACAAGAUACCAAAAUAUGAAAACUAUGAACAGGCUGAUGUUUUAGUUGCACCACCUACCCAAGCAGGCAGAGAUGAGCCAUACACCAAGAAGUUCACAGCUUGUGGAGAAAAAGGAAAAAACAUUCAUCUCACCCCUGACUUUGUACUUGGAAAAAAACAAAGUGAAUAUGGACCAACAGGUAGACUGUUUGUCCAUGAGUGGGCCCAUCUCCGCUGGGGAGUGUUUGAUGAGUACAAUGAAGAGAAGCCUUAUUACAGUACUUCGUCAAAAACAAUUAAAGCAACAAGGUGUUCCACAGGUAUUACUGGGAAGAAUAGAGUUUAUAAGUGUCAAGGAAACAGUUGUAUACUUACUAGAUGCAGAACUGAUCCUAAGACAAAACUGUAUGAAAAAGGUUGUCAGUUCUUCCCUGAUAAAUAUCAAACUGAAAAGACAUCCAUAAUGUUUAUGCAAGGUAUUGAUUCUGUUGUUGAAUUCUGUGAUGAAAAAACCCACAACCAAGAAGCUCCAAGCCUACAAAAUGAAAAGUGUAACUACAGAAGCACCUGGGAGGUAAUUAGCAAUUCUGAGGACAUAAAAAACUCCAUGCCUAUGGCGGGAUCACCCUCUUCGCCUGUCUUCUCAUUGCUGCAGACCAGAGAAAGAACUGUAUGCCUUGUUCUUGAUAAGUCUGGAAGCAUGGGGAGUUCUGAUCGCUUAAAUCGAAUGAAUCAAGCCGCAAAAUUCCUGCUGCAGAUUAUUGGACAUGGAACCUGGGUGGCGAUGGUGCACUUUGAUAGUGCUGCCUACAUUAACAGUGAGCUGAUCCAAAUAAUAAGCACCAAGGAAAGAGAAAUGCUCUCGAAACUCUUGCCUACAGCAGCUAGUGGGGGAACUUCCAUCUGUUCUGGAAUUCAAUCAGCAUUUCAGGUAAUUAGAAAAAGGCUCUCCCAAACAGAUGGAUCUGAAAUAGUGCUGCUGACCGACGGGGAGGAUAACUAUGCAAAAAGUUGUAUUGAUGAAGUGUCAAAAAGUGGAACCAUCAUUCAUUCAAUUGCUUUGGGGCCAUCUGCUGAUGCAGCAGUCACAGAGAUGAGCCUUAUAACAGGAGGAAGCCAUUUUCUUGCCUCGGAUAACACCAUGAACAACGGCCUCAUCGAUGCUUUUGGGAAGCUCGCAUCAGGAAACACCGCCGUUUCCCGGAAGUCUCUUCAGCUUGAAAGUAAGGGAUUAACACUCAACAAUGAUAUUUGGAUGAAUGGAACUGUAAUAAUUGAUAGCACCGUGGGAAAGGACACAUUUUUUCUCAUCACGUGGGAAAGACAGAAUCCCAUUAUUUCUCUCUGGGAUCCCACUGGAACAUCAAUGGGAAAUUUCAUAGAGGACCAGGGCUCCAAAAUGGCCUAUCUCAGUAUUCCAGGAACUGCAAAGGCGGGUGUUUGGACUUACAGUAUUCAAGCCAAAACAAACCCAGAAACAUUAACUAUAACAGUUCAUUCUCAAGCGGCAAAUUCUUCUGUGCCUCCAAUCACGGCGAAUGUUCAAAUGAAUAAAGACACAAACAGCUUCCCCAGCCCAAUGAUUGUUUAUGCAGAAAUUCUACAAGGGAAUAUACCCAUUCUUGGAGCCAACGUGACUGUAUUCAUCGAAUCAAAUGGUGGAAAAACAGAAGUUUUAGAACUCUUGGAUAAUGGUGCAGGUGCUGAUACUUUCAAGAAUGAUGGCGUCUACUCCAGAUAUUUUACAGCUUAUUCAGAAAAUGGCAGAUAUAGCUUAAAAGUACGGGUGCAUGGAAGAGCAAGCACUGUCACACGAAGCUUUAGGCAUUCGCCAAACAGAGCCGUGUAUAUACCAGGCUGGGUAGUGGAUGGGGAAAUUGAAAAGAAUCCACCAAGACCUGAAAUUGAUGAGGAUACUCGAACAAAUUUGGAGAGUUUCACCAGAACAUCACCUGGAAGUGCAUUUGUGCUUUCAAAUGUUCCAGCAAUUCCCUUCCCUGACAAAUACCCACCAAGUCAAAUCACAGACCUGGAGGCCACACUGGAUGGGGCUGUGAUCAGGCUGACGUGGACAGCACCAGGAGACGAUCUGGACGUCGGAAAAGCUCAACAGUAUAUCAUAAGGAUGAGUGGAAACAUCCUGAAACUAAGAGACAAUUUUGAUGAUGCUCUGCAAGUAAACACUACUGACCUGUCACCAAAUGAGGCCAACUCUCAGGAGAACUUUGCAUUUAAACCAGGAAAUAUCUCAGAAGAAAAUGCAACCCACAUAUUCAUUGCCAUUCAAAGUGUGGAUAAAAGCAAUUUGAUAUCAAAAGUAUCCAACAUUGCACCAGUAGCUUUGUUUAUUCCUCAGCCAGAUCCUGAUGACAUUCCUCCAAAUUCGAAUCCUGAUCAUCCUAAUUCUGGAAUUAGCAUUUCUUCCUUGGUGUUGUUAGUGGUUGGAUCUGGGGUAAUUAUUAGUAUUAUUUUAAGUGUCACCAUUUGUAUCUUAAAAAAGAAAAGAAAUUCAAGCACAGCUAAAACAGGGUGUUAGAACAAAUCAACAACAAAAGUAAAGAAUAUUUCUGAAUUUUUAAGUUCAUCCUGUGUGAUCAUGAAGUCAUAAAAAUAAUUUUAGGAGUUCUAGAAGGGAUACUUUAAGUAUAAACAUCCAGGAGUAUUUGAAAAAUUGUAAGUCAGUACUAAAGUUUAAUCAGUUUAUUUACUCAUUGUUUUGUUUAUCAGAAAAAGUGAUGAAUAAAAAACUUUUUUACAUUAAUAUCAGGUUGGAUAUUAUUUGGUAGAAAAGCUGUCUGCAGUAAUACUUUCAAAUUUCAUAAAAAUGUUAAAAAUUGUCUGUGUGAAUGGUCAAAUACAAGUGUGAGAAAGCAAAUAAACUUUAUU